AUGGCUUCACCCAGUGGGCGUGCGAACAGCACCAGCUCGCCUGGCGGACAGUCGAGCGCGGCGAUCAUCCUAGGCAGACAGUACAAGCAGAUGCAGACCGACAAGGACAUCCCAGGCAUCAGCUGUGGAUUGGCAGAUGGCGACAACAUCUUCGACUGGGUCAUCAUGCUCAUGUUGGACGAGGAGCAGGACAGCUUGUAUGGAGGAGGCUGCUUCCGCGCCCGCCUAAAGUUCCCACCAACCUACCCCCACCUCCCGCCAACCAUGAAGUUCGAAACGCCCAUCUUCCACCCCAACGUCUACGAGAACGGCGAAGUCUGCAUCUCCAUCCUCCACCCGCCCGAAGACGACAAGUACGGCUACGAGCAGGCGUCGGAACGCUGGUCGCCGGUGCAGACGCCUGAGACGAUUCUGCUGAGUGUGAUCAGUAUGUUGGGUAGUCCGAACGAUGAGAGUCCGGCGAACAUCGAGGCGGGGAAGCUAUGGAGGAAUGAUAAGAAAGAGUUUCGGAAGAGGGUCAGGAAGUGUGUGAGGGAUAGCCAGGAGAGUGCUUGGGAUUGA